UGUUUGGGAAACCAGCAACACGCCGCUUCUGUUUUCUCCAAUAGAGAGAACAAAAAAAAGAAAAGGUGGACCAAAGUGUCAGGAGCUGCUUUUUCUCCUCACUCCCAGUUUGCCUCACCCCUCUCUCUCUCUCUCUCUCUCUCUCUCUCUCUGUAUUGCUGCGUCUGUCUGCUGACUUCACUCAUUGACUCACUCCGCUCUGCUUCAGCUGGCUGACUGAGUGCGCUGACACUGGGACCACUACCUGCUGCCUGGGGAUUAAGCGCGCUAUGAAUACCCGGAGCCAAUUUUUUUUUUUGGCUGCCAGUGAAUGUUGGAUACCCACAGAGAAAAAGCCCGGUGCAUAAAUCCCUGGACACUGGGAGCGCCUCUGGACUAAGACAACACAGUGAAAAAAAAGGGACUGGAUGCUUAAGGAAGCGUAUAAAAGACAGGAGACGAACCAGAGAAAGAAAGAAAUGGCUGGAAGUUAUUUCCUGAAAGGAAUACAAGAUGCUAAAUCAACCUGAGGAUGAGACCAUUUUCCUCUCAUUAUCUGGUCAGGGUGCUGACACAAGGGAAGAAAGCCCAACAAAUCUCCGCCUCCAGCUUCUUAAGUGAUUUCUGAUCACACACAGGGUUUAUUCUCCUUUCUUCUCCAUGAGUUCAUUCAUUUAGAGCGUCCCUGUGUUCUGCUGCUCAGCCGUAGCCGCUCGGGGGAGAAGACAGCUCGGGCACUGACAGGUCGGGAGGGAAUUACCAUCAUUCUCCUCUCCAACUUUUCCCCCCUGUUUGUCCAAUUCUUCUGACCUGCUUUACACCAACGGGUUGGGGGGCAGCUGUUUUGCCACUCCAUGAGACUCUCCGGGAAUAAAGGUUAUUGAACCGAGGAGUGGAAGGGGCACGCAGGAGAGAAAGGCAAGAAAAACAAACCAUCUCACUGAACCCCAGGAGCAUAUGGUUUAGCGAGCGGCAGCCAGCUGCUUUCCAGCCAUCCUGCUGAUCACGCCACAGCAGAUACAAGUUGCUCCAGUGGCGGUGUCAGGUUUGGACGGAUCUUACGUGCCGCGGUCGUACAUCUCUUCCCUGUGACAGGCACACCAGACCAUAAACCAAAGAAGUCUGUCCAGUGGAUACAAAGAAGCAGUUGUGUUGUGUCUGGACAAAUCCCUGCCCCUAUCGGCAACAGCCACAGGAAGGCUAAAACUGAUAUUCUGCUGUCACCUUUUAAGGGAAAUACUUUUGACACCCGUUGUUGGAGAGCACCAGACCUUGUCUUGGUGUGUAAAGACUUUUGACAAGGAGAGGAGGGGGUGUACAUCCCCAGAGCCCUUUCACGGCCAUCUAAUUACUAGCCAGGGUCACUCGAAGGAAAGGGGAGGAUUCUAUUUGUGGAUUUACUAUCGGCUUGCUUGGAAGUUUUCCGUGUGGAUAUUUGACAAUUCAGAACACCCACAUCCUUAACGCUCCAAUUUCUGGCUGAGUUGCAUCUCACACACACACACACACACACACACACACACACACACACACACACACACACACACACACACACGCCAAAAGCCCACUGACGCACAUUUACAAACGCAUUAUCACCACCCACUUAAACCCACACACAUGUUUGCAGUGGAAGUAUAAACCACUUUAGCACAGACACAUAGUCACAGAUUUAAAGCCUCGUUGUUUUUUCACUAGCUGAUACCACCAGGAUGGAGGUCGUGUGGACAGGUGGGGGGCUGUAGGAGUCCAACAUCUGUGUCCUUCUGUUCAUCCGCUUUACCCAAAUGGAUGUUAUUAUUUCUAAAAAUGUGUUGCUUGGAAACCGCUGAAAGCUUUCGGCUACGAUUCUCUGACAGAAACGGUCACCGGGUCCUUGCCACGGUGCACAGCUGGAACCACAGCUGAAACACCAACCAUUACUCGUCGUUUUUUGCCUUUUAUCUUAUCUCCAUCCUCAUCCUCUGCCCUCACCCCACCGCCAUCAUUUUUUCCAACGGGUCUUUGGGCACCCCUCGUCGCCCUCCUCGGCCCGUCCUCUCCUCCACCCUGGAGGGGAGGGGGUCAAUGGAGUGGAGCAUGAGCGGGUGCCACUAUCCUUCGCCGCCGACUCAGGAGCAGGAGCGCAGGUACCAACACAAAGUAUCCCUGGUGGUGCGCUACUUCAUGAUCCCAUGCAACAUCUGUCUGAUCCUGCUGGCCACAUCCACACUGGGCUUCGCGGUGCUCCUAUUCCUCAACAACUACAAACCUCCUCACUUCACACCGGCCCAGCCUCCUGAUGGCUGCAGAGGGAUGUUGUGUGGCUUUGGCGCUCUAUGUGAGCGAGACCAGACUGACCCGUCUAAGGCUGAGUGUGUUUGCAAGAAAGCGGACUGUCCAUCAUUGGUGGCGCCUGUUUGCGGCUCUGAUUCGUCGACCUACUCCAAUGAGUGCGAGCUGGAGAAAGCCCAGUGCAACGCCCAGAGACGCAUCAAGGUUCUGCGCAAGGGACCCUGCUCUCUGAAGGACCCCUGCUCCGAGGUGACCUGCAGCUAUGGCAGCACCUGCGUCCAGUCCUCGGACGGCUUGUCGGCUAAAUGCAUGUGCCCCCUCGGCUGCGAGGGCAAGCGCGAACAGACGGUGUGCGGAAGCGAUGGGAAGGACUACCGCAACGAGUGUGAGCUCCAUCAGCACGCCUGCAAGAACCAGAAGAACAUACGAGUGCAAUACCAAGGGAACUGCGACCCGUGUAAAGACAAUGAGAACAGUCUGACCACGCAGUGCCGGGUGGAGACCAUCACCCGCCAGUCCAUCUUCUCUCCCCUGCCGGAGUCCUGUUCCCCAGGGGGCGAGCCUCUGUGUGCCAGCGACGGACAUACGUAUCUCAGCGAGUGCGCAAUGGAGGCAACCGGCAGACGGAAAGGCAUCAACGUCAGGAAGAUCCAUGCUGGAAAAUGCAGAAGGCUGGAGGGCUGUCAGGAGGAGUGUCUCUUCAACGCGGUGUGUCUAGUGGAGCAGCUGAACGCCCGCUGCUCCUGCGACCCCAUCGAGUGCGACGGGACCUACAAGCCUGUGUGCGGCAAGGACGGCCAGACCUACACCAACGACUGCAUGCGACGCAAGACCGAGUGUCUGGGCAAGACCCUCAUCUCCAUCAAGCACCAGGGGCCCUGUGAUCUCAGCAUACCGAGCCCCUGCCUGGAUAAGGUGUGCGAUCACGGGGCGGUUUGUGUGGUCGAGAACAACGAGCCGGUGUGCGAGUGCCCCGAGGCCUGCCCGCAAACGUCGGACCCUGUGUGCGGAUCCGACGGCCACAGCUACGGGAGCCCAUGCGAAAUGAGAGCGAUGGGUUGCGCCCUGCAGAAGUCCAUUCACAUCCAGCACAAAGGACCCUGUGAUGAGUCUUGUGCAAACUGCUCUUUCGGGGCAAUCUGCGAUGCCCAGAGCGGGCAGUGUGUGUGCGCGUCGGAGUGUGUUGAGUCCCACCAGCCUGUGUGUGGCAGCGACGGCAGCACCUACAACAGCGAGUGUGAGCUGCACGUGCGGGCCUGCAAACGACAGAUGGACCUGCGAGUGGUCAGCCAGGGCGAGUGCAAAACAUGCGGCAGCACCGUGUGUGCCUGGGGGGGCCGCUGCGUCCAAAACUUGUGUGAGUGCCCGCAGUGCUCGGGCGAGGCCUUUUCCCCGGUGUGCGGGAGCGACGGCACCACCUACAACAACGAGUGUGAACUCCGCACCGCCUCCUGCAUGCAGAAGAGGAAGAUCGAUGCGGCGAAGCCCGGCAGCUGCGACGAAGACUGCGGCUCAGGAGGGUCGGGAUCAGGCGCAGAGGGCUGUGAACAGGACCGCUGUCGCAUGUUCGGAGGCUCAUGGGACGAGGAUGCCGAGGACGAUCGCUGCGUGUGUGACUUCACCUGUCAGAGUGUGCCUCACAACACGGUCUGUGGCUCGGAUGGCAAGAACUACAGCAACGAGUGCCAGCUGAAGAAGGCCAGAUGUGAGAAACAGGAGCACUUGUUGAUUCAGAAUCAGGGAGCCUGUGCAGCGAUUUCAGCCACAUCUCCGCCGGAGCUGCCGGAGCCCCAGCACUGCAGCGAGUCUGUGUACGGCUGCUGCCACGACAACGUGACGGCUGCUCUAGGAGUCGGACUGGCCGGAUGUCCUAGUACGUGUCAGUGCAACGUCUACGGCUCCUACAAGGGGACGUGUGAUCCAGCCAGCGGCCAGUGCUCCUGUAAGCCGGGUGUGGGCGGACAGAAGUGUGACCGCUGCGAGCCGGGCUUCUGGAACUUCCGCGGCAUCGUGACGGAGAACAUGAGUGGCUGCACACCGUGUAACUGCGACGCCACGGGCUCGGUCCGGGACGACUGCGAGCAGAUGUCGGGCCUGUGUUCCUGCAAGACGGGAGUGAAGGGCAUGAAGUGCAACGUGUGUCGAGACGGAAGCACCAACGGCUGCGACAAAGGUCCCGAGGCCCCUACCUCAUGUGAGGAGUUAGUGUGCAGUUACGGAGCGACAUGCAUCGAGGUGAACGACCAAGCCCACUGCGAGUGUCCUUCCCCAGACUGUGACGAGAAAAACAAAACCAAGGUGUGCGGCUCAGACGGGGUGACCUACGCCGAUCAGUGCCAGCUGAGGACCAUCGCCUGUAGGCAGGACGAGGACAUCACGGUGCAGCAUUUCGGACAGUGCACAGAAACCAUCUCUGAGCCGGCAGACCGACCCACCCCCAACCCCCUCGCCACCACCCUCAGCUCAAGCUCUGCCGCCACAAUCACCACCCCCGCCCCCUUCCAACCUAACAUCGUGCGGGCCCUCCCACUUCCAAGGACGGAAGAGCCAUCGACCACUGAGCAGCCCCCGGCCGCCACCAUCUCUUCCAUCCUCAUCAACAACCAAGUAAAACAACACAACCUCAUCCGCAUCCCACCUUCCACCUCCACCUCCCGCAGCAGCCCCGCCCCCUCCGCCGCCGCCAUCUCCUUCGAUGGCUCAGGCAGCGGGGAGCCGAGCGGCGAUGACCAGACAGAAGAAGAGGAGGAGGAUCAGGAAGAAGAAGCGGGUAGUGGCAUCCCAACGGAGGCCAGUGGCGCAGAGGAGCCUGUCGGUCCCACGUUGGUGAGCACCACAGUACCCACAGCUGAGGACCGGUCCUCCUGCGACAACACAGAGUUCGGAUGCUGCCCCGACGGCAAGACACCCUCCAGUACUCCAGAGGGCGCCAACUGCCCCUCCACCAUGAGGUUCAGCGGCUUCCUGCAUUUGGAUCAGGUCGAGGGCCAGGAGAUAUUCUACACCCCAGAAAUGGAGGACCCCAAGUCAGAGCUGUUUGGAGAGACGGCACGCAGCAUAGAGAACGCUCUCAAUGAGUUGUUCAGGAAGUCGGAGGUGCACAAAGACUUCAUGAGCGUUCGUGUCAAGAAUUUGGCUCCAAGCAACUCCAUCCUGGCCUUUGUGGAGGCCUACUUCAAACCAGAUACCAGAUACACGGUGGAGGACAUCGAAGGAACCCUGCUCAAACAGCUGAAGGCCUCCAAAGAGACAAGCAUCGCCGUGAAGAAGCCCGAGGACGAGAAUAUCCGCUUCACCAAUUAUGGCCUCUCCUCCGUCCCCUUCUUCACCACCACGACCACCACCACCACGGCAUCAGUCACCACAGCCGCUCCCACCACCACCAUGCCUCCGCCAACCUCCCCGUACAUCACCCGCCGCCCACCAGGCACCACACGGAGGCCGUAUGGCAGACGCACCACCACCACCUCAGCUCCUGUAACCACGCCACGACCCACCACAACCACAGAAGCCCCCACUACAACCGCCCCCCCUCCAGCCACCACCGUAGCCCAUGUCCGAGGCAGGGUUCACCACAAGAAGCCCUGCAGCGCCCACCCCUGCCUCCACGGCGGCACCUGCGAGGACGACGGCAACGACUUCAGCUGCAAGUGUCCCGCCGGAAGAGGAGGCUCUGUGUGCGAGAAGGUGAUCCAUUACUUCAUCCCGUCUUUCGGAGGCCAAUCGUACUUGGCGUUCCAAACCAUGAGCGCAUAUCACACGGUCCGCAUCGCCAUGGAGUUCCGUGUAUCCGAGAUGACGGGAAUCCUGCUCUACAACGGCCAGGAAGGCAAGAAGGACUUCAUCUCUCUGGCUCUGGUUAACGGCAAGGUGGAACUCAGGUUUAACACAGGUUCGGGAACUGGAACAGUUGUCAGCAAAGUACAAAUCAAUCAGGGCCGCUGGCAUCAGCUGGUGGUGACGCGCAACCGCCGCAACGCCAUGCUCAGCGUGGACAACGAGCCGCACAUCGAGGGCGAAAGCCCCCGUGGCACUGACGGCCUCAACCUCGACACUGACCUGUUCAUCGGAGGAGUGCUCGAGGAUAUGAAGCAAGAUGUGAAGGAACGAACAGCCGUGGCCACAGGUUUGGUGGGCUGCAUCCGCCUGUUGGACGUCAACAACCGUGUGCUGAACCUGCAGGAGAGCGGGGGGGACAGUCUGUACGGCAGCGGCUUGGGCGAAUGUGGCAACAACCCCUGCCAGCCAAAUCCCUGCAAGAACGGCGCUGCAUGCCAGGUCAAGGAGGCAGAGAUGUUCCACUGCAAGUGCAGCAAAGGAUUCUGGGGUCCAACUUGUGCUGACGUCCAUGAUCCAUGCGAGCCCAACAGGUGCCAUCCAUCCUCCCAGUGCCAGGCGCUGCCGGAGGGAGGCUACAAAUGCGAGUGUCCCAUGGGACGUGAAGGGAGGCACUGUGAGAAAGUGGCUGAGAAGAGAGGGGCUUACAUGCCGCUAUUCAACGGAGACUCUUACGUGGAGCUGAAGGGACUUCACCUGUAUGGGCACGAUCUGCGUCAAAAGGUCAGCAUGACGGUGAUUCUCAAGGCCAACAGUUCCAACGGUUUGAUCUUCUACAACGGCCAGAAAUCGGACGGAAAAGGGGACUUCAUCUCUCUGUCCCUCAAUGAGGGCAUCCUGGAGUUCCGCUACGACCUGGGGAAGGGAUCUGCCACCAUCAGGAGCAAGGAACCAAUCCAGCUGAAUGUGUGGAACACCAUCAACCUGGAGCGCUCCAACCGCAAAGGAGAGAUCAUGGUGAACAAGAAGGACCCGGUCCGAGGAGAGGCACCGAACCUGCACGUAGAUCUUAACCUGAAAGAGUCUCUUUUUGUCGGCGGGGCCCCCGAUUACAGCCGGCUAGCGAGAGUCGCUGCACUCACGGAGGGCUUCAAGGGAACAAUCCAAAAGAUCAUUCUGAUGGGCACCCCCAUCCUAAGAGAGGAGAACGCCCUGCGCUCCAGCAGCGUCGACAUGUUCCAGGAGCACGCAUGUUCCCAGGAGCCCUGCCAAAACGGCGGGCGCUGCAACCCCAUGCUGGACGCCUAUGAGUGUGUGUGCCUCAGUGGGUUCUCAGGGGGCCGUUGUCAGAACACCAUCUAUGAGAAGUCUGCAGGAGAGACCGAGGCCAUUGCAUUUGACGGGCGGACGUUCAUCGAGUACCACAACGCUGUCACGAAGAGUGAGAAAGCUCUGCUGGUGAACAAAUUCGAACUAAGCAUCCGGACGGAGGCGACCCAGGGCCUGGUGCUGUGGAGCGGUAAGGGCGUGGAGCGCUCCGACUACAUCGCCCUGGCCAUCGUUGACGGACACAUCCAGAUGACAUACGACCUGGGCUCCAAGCCUGUGGUGCUGCGCUCCUCGGUGCGCAUCGACACCAACCGCUGGAUACGCAUCAAGGCCAGCAGAGCACUCAGAGACGGCUCUCUGCAGGUUGGCAAUGAGGCAGCGGUAACAGGGUCGUCGCCUCUGGCAGCAACGCAGCUGGACACGGACGGAGCACUGUGGCUCGGUGGUCUGGAGGAGCUGGCGGUGGCCCGUAGGUUGCCCAAAGCCUACAGCACCGGCUUCGUGGGCUGCAUCAAGGACGCGGUGGUGGAUGGCGUGGAUCUCCACCUGGUGGAAGACGCCUUAAACAGCCCCAAAAUAUUACACUGUUCCGCUGCCAAAUAACCCAGCAGAGACCGAAUCCUGAGAAAAAAAACGGAGAAAAAUAAGAAACCCUCCCACUCGCUCCCUCCAUAGCGCCCAUGUCUCCUGCUGUAAUUAUUUUCUAUUUUUGUAUACUUUUCAUUGCUUUUUAUAUGGAAAGAAAAUGUUGUUUUUAAUUUUUGUUUUAUAUAUUUGUUGCUUUUUUUUUUAUCUGCACCUCCAUUAACAGAACACACUUCUUUACCGCCCCUUCAUAUAUAUAUUUUUUGUUUUCGAAAAGCAGGCAUCUCUGUGAAAAAGAGAUAUUUUAUUCUUGUCAGUUUUGUUGUUUUAAGACAAACGCCAACUUUAAAAAAAAAAAAAGGCCUGCUCCUUUUUUCAGUCCUCGCUCAUUACUUGAACACUGGUGGACGUCGCAGAAGAUCUGUGUUUACUGCCUUGUCUUGGUGCCAUAUCUAUCCACAUUCCCCAAGCAUGGCCUAUACCGUACCUCCAUCAUAGACGUACAUUCCCCACGCUGCGGCUCUCUGAAGCUGCCGCUGUCGUUCUCUGACGCUGCCGCUCUCUGACGCUGCCGCUCUCUGACGCUGCGGCCAGCUGGCGACUCCACACAAGAAACUUUAAUGUAAUCAGCCAUCGGUAGCCCGCUGUAUUUUCAUAAUGGGACUUUUCAGAUAUCAGUCGAGCUGCUACAGUGAGAAAGUACACAGUCGAGACAACUCCAUCAACCUCCAUCGCAAAGCGCCCCCCCCCCCCCAAAAAAAAGAAAAAAGAACUCUCCGCUCAAUCUGAAUCCCAUCAGAGCCUCUAGUUUUGAAAUAUGACUCACUAACACUGCAACCCGUCACGACGGAGAGAGCGCUGCGCUCCACAAGACUCGCAUAUCAUUAGUCAUAAGUCAAGACAUGAAUAAAUGUUAUAAAUAUAGAGUAUAUAAAUAAUACCUGAGACUGUGAAUAUGUAAGAUGGGUUCUCUUUGGAGAAUUGUGCUUCUCAUAUACUAUUGUGCGUUCUGUUUUACAAUCCAAACUAACGAUGACCACUAUAAAUGCAUGCACUUCUGCAGUGUUGGUUUGAAUCUGGUUUUUGUUUUUAGUUUUAUUUUGAAAAAGACAUUUUAAUUUGGAAAAUAUCACUAUUUGAGGGGUUUGUUUGUUAGUUUGUUUGUUUGUUUGUUUAUUUGACUAUAAAAAGGUUUCUCUUAUUCCCACUGAGCUCGGAAUAAUGUUUUAUAUUUGUUCAUUCCCCGUAUCUUUUAUGGCCCAGUUAGUUUUGCAGGACAUUGAAUGGUGCAUAAGGGGAAAAGGUUGUUACCAUAUCUGACCUUAAGGAGGUGCUGAAAGCAAAGACUGAAGAAGAAGAAGGACAGACUGAAAGGAGGCGAGCAGAGAUCUUAUCAUGAGGGGAGCUACCACUCUUGGGAAUGUCCCGUCAAACAAAAAUAUCUUCAAUAAACUCUUUCUGAGACUUCAUUUCCUUUCGUAUUUGACAUAGGACCAUUCCUGGAGGACUCUUUUGUUUUCCGGCUGUCCAGAGAAAGAAGCUGUUGUGACUUUUUGGAGCCAUAACAGCCGCAAAUGGGAAAAAGAUGCAUAAUCCUACAGUACUUGCAAAUUAACAUAGUGACGCAUGGGUUUGUAUUACUAGUGCGAAUUCUGUAACUUUCAGUGAACUGAUGCAACGUGGUGAAGGCGUCUUCACUCCACAAUAAGCCGCGCUGACCCACUUAACGGACACUUUGUUUUGAUAUGAGAACUUUGGCAAUACCCUGAGACAAAAUCAUGCCUGUUAGUGGUCGAGUUUCGAAUGGUCUUGUGCUACUUUUUCUUUUCUUAAUUUCCUUCUUAAAUCAUCAUUGUUUUUUGUACAGCCCUUGCAAUUUUUACAUGUGAAUUUAGCGUGUUAUCUGUGGAGGUUUAUGUUUUUAGUAAUAUACACUGGAACCAUGUCGCCCACAUGAUGAUAUACUCAUGUAGGGAGGGAACGCCCUGAAGCUAUAACUGUUGAGUGUCCACACUAGGAAACCUUUCUGAUGCAAGACACAUUUAAAAUUCCAGCGCUAUAAACUUUGGACUGGACUUAUUGAAUUUGAUCCGCUCAGGUGGCGACGUUAAUAAAGGAGAAAUCCCUGUACUUUCGGAUGGACUCGAGAACAAUUAAGACGAUAGCAGUCUAUGGUUUGAAACUAUUUGCCUUAAAAACCCAAUCACCUUCUCUCUGAGCAGGUGACGUCAUCCAUAUAACCGUUUCCUUAUUUUAGCCAGUGUAUUAGCCUCAUCCCCAUAAUGUAAAGGAGUAAUACAAAAUAAUUAUGAUAAUUAUAUUAGUAAUAAUGCUCAUACUGUACACAAAAAAAAUCCCAGGGGGGGUUGUGCAAAUGUCCCCUCUGGCUUUUUAUGAAAAAAAAUCUUCUAUUUACAGUUUUUUGAAUCUAUUUUCUGUUCCUUAUUUAUGUCUACAUGUGGAUGAGCCUCUAUGUCCGGCCUCUGUAAACUACUGUCUGACUGCGCAAACCUCCUCAAAGGCCAGUGCACCGCGUACGAGUGGCAUGACCUGAACAUUACUAACUCUAUGACCUUUGUCUUGUGUUCCUACCACCAUGAAAUAAAAUAUCAACCAAAUGGA